AUGGAUGCAAAACAAAGUUUGGAUCACGCAAAUCCGCAUUGGUGCCAAGUGGAAGGAUAUCCUAUCUAUACUUACGAUAACUUCCCGGAAACAUUCAUCACUCUUUUCCGAGCAAGUAUGGGUGGUUACGAUUACGAAGAAUUCGCAUGUGCCAACUACGAAGUGCUGACGAAGACCCUUUUCGUAUUGUAUAUGUUUGUGAUGCCAAUCAUGAUGAUCAACAUCCUUAUUGCCAUGAUGGGUAACACCUACACCACUGUCAUCGCUCAAGCGGAAAAAGCAUGGAGACAACAGGUUGGUGCUAAUUGUCUGGUAAAAUUGAUAGUUAAAAAUAUAAGCAGGUGGUAUAGUUAAAU